AUGGUGAGCAUACAAAGGGGCAAAACCGUCAGUCAUGGGCCCGAACUGAUCCAUCUCCUUUCAUCCAGAUCAUUCCCGUUCGCUGCUUCUCGUGCGGCAAGGUGAUUGGCGACAAGUGGAAUGCCUACCUGGCUCUGCUGCUGGCUGGAAAAAGCGAGGGCGAAGCGCUGACAGAGUUGGGCAUGAGGAGAUACUGCUGUAGGAGGAUGGUCCUCACCCACGUGGACUUGAUCGAGAAGCUCUUGCAUUACAACAGUGAGUCGUGGGUCUCAUUGUUCCCUCAGCUCGUCGCACGGCUUCUCGAUGAGGAUGAGAAGGUGCUAGGGCUUCUAGGACCGCGCAAUAGUUGUCGCAAUGCCGUCGUCGUCCGGACGGCGGUCAUUACGAGUGGUCGGGAGACAUGGCCACCAGCUUGGGGUCGGGAGACAUGGCUUCCAGCUUGGCUUUUCUUUCCCUGCUCUUCUUCGUCGCUUCCUGCUGUCCCGGGCCCGUGACGCGGAGCUAGCUGAAAGAUGCGUGCAUACAGGAGCCUUUGAACUGACUCCUCUUCUCUACCCGGCCCAAUACUUGCAGUUCACGAGAGGCACAGCGCAUAG